ACCUACAUAGUUCAUCUACGAUCUAAGUUUAUAGUCUUGGUGGCUAGAACAUCGUUGAAUGGUAGAUGAACCUUACCUCUAUUUGCUUCUACAACUUUGCGAGAUCUACGUAAAACACCAUGGAUCGCCCCCGACCUCCCCGUCCGCUCGACGAGACUAUCGCGAAAGCAAACGGGUCAUCUGUCGCCUUAGAUGCCACUAGGGAAAAUCUUGAGGCAGGAAAAACGGCACCUACCCCGUCGCUUAAGGAAAUCAUCGAAAUCAGAACUCGCGAGAAUGGUCGGUUGCGUGAAGAAUUAGCAUAUCUCCACCAAAUUCAAAUAUUAGGUGAAAAUCUUCGUGAGGAGGUUCAAUACCUUAGCGAAAGGCUGCAACUUGCCAUCAGCAGCUUUCGUAAGGGCCUAAAUGAUAUCAACAGGGCGAGGUAUAAUGUCUGAGUAGGUACUUAGGUACCUAAUACUUGGUAUAUCUGUUGGGCUACGGAAUGAUAGAAUUGCUUUAUAUGAGUCUACCUAGGUAUUUAAUGACGAAGGUCCAUAGGAGACGAAUUGAAAGGAUAUAAGAGGUCAAACAGAGAUCAACUCCGUGAUACAUGUCCUAGAAAAAAAGCCAAUCAGAAUUAGAAACGAACUUCCGUUACUUUCGUGGUCCAAGGUUGAAAAUCCAAUCUUUUAACGUCAACAUCUGUAUGAGCGGCGUGUUCGAGGAUAUCCGUGAUAACACGGGUUGUUGAUGGGUUCGUACAUACUUUCAGGUUAGAAACUCCU